AGAAUGACGAAUUUAUGUGUUUACGUUGGAUUACUGGUGACCGCGCUGGUGGCGGCCACCGAGGCUCAUCUAAAUCUGUUUCUCAACGUGAUAGAAGUCCAGAGAUUACUAGGACUCUCAGCAGAAAUCUAUUACGUCCGCGAAGGACAAGUCAACGCGUACGCUCUUCACUUUACCGUACCGGUUCCCGCCGAUGUGGAGGAGAUCUCCUUCACCUGGCAAAGUCUUGCCGAUCGACCACUGCCCUAUCGGAUCAACAUCGAUUCACCCGAUUCGAUCGCACUUCCUAAGCCUUCGAUGAACAUAUCCUGGCAGGGAGAAAUACCGGAACACAUCGAAACGUUCGCGAUUGGUUUGCGAUGCAGUGGACAAAAAUCGGCCGAAGUCGAUGUGACGAUCACGAUCGAGGUAACACUGGAUCGUAUGACGGGCAAUACAACGGAGUUGCUGUUCCGUCGGAAAAAAAUCUGUUUGAUGAGCGAACAUCCAGAUGCAACUCAACCGGACCCUUACUUGCUAGAGAAUGCAUCGAACGGACAAAACGGACUGAUCACCAUAAUAAUUGGAGGAAUUCUAGCGAUUCUCUUCGUCUCGAUCUUCAUCAUGAUCGCGUACUGUGUUCGAGGCUCGUUCAACAGAAAACCACACCACGCUCAGCCCAUCCGAACGUCCAGCUUCCAGCGGCUUCAAACACACGCACCAUCUGCACCCUCCUCGAUCGUAUCUCCUCCCUCGAUCGCACCGACGAUUGCAACCCUCUCAAGAAAUCGUAUCUACGCGAAUGCCGAACCAGAAGAACUUCAGCGCCGUAUCUCUGAGUUGACCGUACAGAGAUGCCGUGUGCGUCUGUCUAGCCUGCUCCAGGAAGGAACAUUCGGGCGUGUAUACCGUGGAAGCUAUAACGAUAGUCAGGAGGUGCUAGUAAAAACGGUCGGACCGCACGCGUCUCAGGUGCAGGUUUCCCUACUGCUACACGAGGGCAUGAGUCUGUACGGUGCACAACACCCCGGAAUCCUCUCCGUAUUGGGUGUAUCGAUCGACGAUCACACCGCUCCAUUCCUGCUCUAUCUGGCUCCGGAAAAUACGCGCAAUUUGAAGAUCUUCCUUCAGGAGCCAGUGGCACGCACGCUAACCACAAUCCAAAUCGUCAAGAUUCAGCUCCAGCUCGCCCAAGCACUUGGCCAUCUGCACAGUCAUGGUGUCAUCCACAAGGAUAUUGCGGCGCGGAAUUGCGUAAUCGACGAUCAGUUGCGAGUGAAGCUGGCCGAUAACUCUCUAUCGCGUGACCUCUUCCCUGGUGACUACUACUGCCUGGGGGAUAGUGAGAACCGACCAAUCAAGUGGCUUGCGCUCGAAUCGAUCCAGUUCAAACAGUUCAGCGAAGCGUCCGACACGUGGGCAUUUGGUGUUCUCAUGUGGGAAUUGUGCACACUCGCCCGACAACCCUAUGCUGAGGUUGAUCCGUUCGAGAUGGAGCACUAUCUGCGCGAUGGUUACCGGUUAUCGCAGCCCAUCAACUGUCCAGAUGAGCUGUUCGCAAUAAUGGCCUACUGCUGGACGAUGCUACCGAUGGAGCGACCAUCGUUCGAGCAGCUCCAAAUCUGUCUGCAGGACUUUUACGCCCAGCUGACACGCUACGUCUAGGGAUUACCGAGUCCCGGCCAACGGUUCUACAUGUUUCCUACGCCCCGGGCACUAUCGUUAAGCUUUAGAUUUAGAGUGAAAAACCGAUCCCCCGCGUCCGCCCCAGUGCCCGC